GCGGCGGCAUGGGCACCCGGCAGACCAAGGGCAGCCUGGCGGAGAGAGCCAGCCCCGGCGCGGCGCCCGGCCCCCGCCGCGAACGGCCCGACUUCUGGGCGUCGCUGCUGCUGCGCGCCGGGGACAAGGCGGGGCGCGCGGGCGCCGGCGCGGGGCUGCCCCCCUACCACCGGCGCGUCGGCAUGGUCCAGGAGCUGCUGCGGAUGGUGCGCCAGGGCCGGCGGGAGGAGGCGGGGACGCUGCUGCAGCACCUGCGCCAGGACCUAGGCAUGGAGUCGACCUCGCUGGAUGAUGUUCUGUACCGCUACGCCAGCUUCCGGAACCUGGUGGACCCCAUCACGCACGACCUCAUCAUCAGCCUGGCCCGCUACAUCCACUGCCCCAAGCCGGAAGGCGACGCGCUGGGCGCCAUGGAGAAGCUGUGCCGGCAGCUGACGUACCACCUCAGCCCCCACUCCCAGUGGAGGCGGCACCGGGGGCUGGUAAAGAGGAAGCCACAGGCCUGCCUCAAGGCUAUCCUGGCCGGGAGCCCUCCAGACAACACAGUGGACCUGUCAGGCAUCCCACUGACCUCCCGAGACCUGGAGCGGGUGACCAGCUACCUGCAGCGCUGUGGGGAGCAGGUGGAUAGCGUGGAACUGGGCUUCACAGGCCUAACGGACGACAUGGUCUUGCAGCUGCUGCCAGCACUCAGCACACUGCCGCGCCUCACUACACUAGCGCUCAAUGGCAACCGGUUGACCCGGGCCCUGCUGCGUGACCUCACUGACACCCUUAAGGACCCCAGCAAAUUCCCCAGUGUCACGUGGAUCGACCUGGGCAACAAUGUGGACAUCUUCUCAUUGCCCCAGCCCUUCCUCCUCAGCCUGCGCAAGCGGUCCCCGAAGCAGGGCCACCUACCCACCAUCCUAGAGCUGGGGGAGGGCCCAGGCUGUGGGGAGGAGGGCCGGGAUGGCACAGAGGGCCAAGAGGACCCUGGAGGGGGCUCUCUGGCCCCUGCCAAAGACUAUGAGGACAGGGAGACUGUAGGCGCAGCUCAGACAUGAUACAUAAGUGGGGGACCUCACCUGAGAGCCCCUGUGGGGUAGGAUGGGUGAAGCAGGCUAGGGGUUCCUACCAUGGGGCUCAGGCUACCACUACCACCCAGAAUUGGCCUGGGCAGCCCCACCCAUGGGAAGCCAGACUGUAGCAUCUGGGAAAGGGGGACUGUAGUAUUUCUCUUUGGUCCUCUCCAUCUCCCCCUUGUCAACCCCAUUAUCUGCCUUUUGGCUCCUGAGAGAUCAUCCCUGGCUCAAGAGGCCCUCAGCCUCCCCAGACUUGUGGGCAGUGUACAGUUUGGAGAUGCUGGAAGCUUGAGGAAAUGUGAAUGCUAAGAGCUUUCCCCCAGAAAAGGUGUAGUUCAGGCCCUACAACCACCCCAGGAUUUCCAAAUUCUGCAUUCCAUUUCUUCUAUUCAGAGCAGCAAACUUUAGCCAGAUGCUAAAUCUGCCCCUGCUCCAGGCAGGUUUUCCAACCUUAACCCUAACUCCUGGCUGAAGGUUGGAGUAGGGGACUGGCUGCCGGAGACCCCAGGAGCCUAGUCCCCAUCAGGACUGAAGGCUAUCUACCUCCUCCUUGUGGAGCCCCAAGCCGUUUGCAACCCAUUUCCCAGCCUCAGCUUUCAUUUGAGGCCCAGCCCUCAACCUAUGAUUCCAGGAGCCUGCCCAAGGGACCAGCCACCCAUAUACCCUUUAAUAUCUAGAGCAUCCUAGGGUGCCUACACACAGGCACACAUGGCAAGUCCCACACCACCCCCCACAAACACUACCAGGCCUUCACGAGGGUUCCAGUGUUGCUAUAGUGCAGACCGGAGUGAAACUUGCUUCCCUUUUUAGGACCCUUUUCCCAGAGAACUCCUUCUCAUGGAGUCCUGUAAGUAAUCCUUUGUAUUCUGAGCACACUUCCAAAAACCUACUAUGGUAGACAUACAAACCCAGGACCAUGGAGAUGAAGAGAGCAUUUCUCCCAACUCUUGGCAGACCUUGUGCCUCCAAGUGAGACUGCUGGGAGAAAGGGAUGUAAACUGGGGUUCCCAAAGGAGUAAGCAAGUUUUCACCCUUCCUUCCCCUUGCCCAAGGCCUACCAAUUACAAAAAACAAAAUCCCUUCCAGCCACAGUAAACCCUAGGCCCAAAUAUCCCAGACUCAAGUACAGACAGCAAGUCCAGGGAGACUGGAAACCAAUCUUUCUUGAGGUAGAGAAAAUUGGCCUGGGCGCCCAAAGCCAGUGUACCAGACCCCUCGGGCAAACAGCAGAUGGCUAGAGAAGGGCACACAGCGUGACAGACCUCUAGUCUCAUGCCAGGUAAGUGGGAUCCCAACCCAACGAGGUAGCAAAGUGGGGAUUAGGUGAAGAGCCACACUAUGGGACCUUGGCUGCUACUGCCAGAGGGUUUGGCUGGGCAGGUGUGGCACUUCAGGAAGUAGAGAAAGGCCAUGUGAAGGGACAGAGACUGGAAUCAAGUAUGUGGAUGCCUUACAUGCUUUGGAAUGCCC